CCAUAGUAAUAGAACCAAUUUUUGUUUUUGUUGUUUUCCUCGUCAAAGUGGAAAUGGAGAAUAGUCAAGGGGAUAAAGUCCCCUCCAAAACAGAAAUCGGACCGCCGCUGCCGCCCGCAGGGGUUGUAGGCCUAGGCGUGCCGCGUGAAAGUCAAGAUGGAGAAAUAUCAGGCGAACCCAAUAACCUGUCAGGACGCAGUCCAGAAUCAGAUGACGCUCAGCAGGAGGUGUUGUGCCCUGGCCGUUCGGACCGACGCAGUUCGACGCAGUUGGCAGUUCGAUUCGCCCCCCUGGAGGCGAAGAUCAGAGGCCUAGCCCCCCUGGAGAGCCUUCUAGAAAGCAUCAACUCGGACCUAGAAGCCCUGACUGGAGAUGCCGAGGAAACUGAGACCGUCCAAGAGCAUGUGGACGCCACCACCACCACCACCACCUCCACCACCAUGUCCCCAGAGAAUGUGGACACCACCACCGCCACCAUGUCCCCAGAGAACGUGGACACCACCACCUCCACCACCGUGUCUCCAGAGAACGUGGACACCACCUCCACCACCACCACCUCCACCUCCACCACCGUGUCUCCCUCUGAGAGAGAGACUGAGACGCUCCCGGGAGACACAGACGCCCUGAGAGCCUCCUUCAGCCAGGACUUCAGCCAGCUGCAGCCCCGUCAUCAUCAUGUGCCCGAGCUGCCCGCCCUGGGAGAGCCGGGGCCCUGGCAGAGCGGCCUGAGGGCCCCCCCGACUGGAGGGCUAAGGGCCCCCCCGACUGGAGGGCUGCUGGAGAUGGAGAUGGAGAUGGAGAUUCACUCUGACGUCCCUGUUAAACAAGGAGACACGUCGCCCCCUGGCUGCCAGGUAGAGAGUGAGGGCGACUCGUCUCCAUUCGAGAUGCUGAUGAUGCCGCCAGCACCUUUUGAGUAUGACGAGGCCUUCAGUGCCGCCCCCACCAGGCCAGAAGAGGAACAGCAGGCGGCCUCCUCCUCUAGUGCUGCCCCCACCAGGCCAGAAGAGGAACAGCAGGCGGCCUCCUCCUCUAGUGCUGCCCCCACCAGGCCAGAAGAGGAACAGCAGGUAAAGAAAAAGUAGCGUAAGGGCCUCUGC